UUGCGUGUGUGUGUGUGCGUGUGGCGUUUUUUUUUGGGUUACACUCCCGUCACAUGUGACGUUGGUUGUGGUGUCACCAUUCGCUUCCGUGAUCAUGGACAUCAACUCCCGUGGUGGGAAACACGCAGCGUGAUCAGGGACAUCAACUCCCGUGGCGGUGGUGGGAAACACUCGGCGUGAGAAAGGAUCAAGGUGACAGCAGCAACAUCGUCUGAUCGGCCAUCAAAUCGUCUGUACACGGAACCUCGUCGGAACGCACCUCUCUUGAGCAAUGGCGAGCGGAGGAGGAGCACCAGCGCCACUGCAGUUCUGCCCGUUCAGCAGUGCCCUCGAUUCGGGCUUUUGGCACACGCUGAGCCAAAAAAAGGUGAACGAGUACAAGCUGGAUGAAGCGGCCAAGGAACUCAAGGGCUUCUUCUACAAUGGAGACCCUCCCGGCCUUCCUGCUCGCAUGAUGCUGGAGUUCAACUCUUUUGACCCGCAAGCCCCCACGCCUGCCCGCAAUUGCCCCAUUGCAGGCUCUCUCCACAACACCAACACGCUGGGGGCCUUUAAGACGUGCGACAAGAAAGCGCUUUUGGAUCAAGCUGCGCAGAAGAUCUGGGAGGCCGUGACGUCUGGAGCAGCACUGCAGGACCCCACCCUCCUCAACCAGUUUGUUCUGCUCACAUUCGCUGACCUGAAGAAAUACCAUUUCUACUACUGGUUCGCGUUCCCGGCUUUGUGCUUUCCUGAUGGCAUCGCUCUGCUGGAGCCUUCGCUCCCCCUUGGCGAGAGAUGCUCUACUGCCCAGGUCCAGGCUCUGCUGACCUCCUAUGAUGGACUUUGCGCCAAAGAAAGUGUGACUGCUCUGCCAUGCUUCCUCGUGGGCUUCUCCGGGGAUGACGUCGGCGUUGCCCCAUUACGCGACUGGGACACCUUCUGGCCACGGCAGGACAAGGCAAUGGUGGCUGUGUACGAUCCGUGCACGCUACAGCAGCACCCGGGGUGGCCACUAAGGAAUCUCCUCAUUCUUCUGGCACACAACUGGGGGCCCUCUCUGGAGUCUCUGGAAGUGCUGUGCUUUAGGGACCGAAUAACCCAAGGUGUCAGAGACAUCACUCACAGCAUCGUCCUCACCAUUAAGAUGACUUCAAUUGCAGAUAUUCCAGGUGGUCCAAAGUGUGUUGGCUGGGAGAAAAACCAGAAGGGAGUUCUUGCCCCAAGGAUGGUGAACUUGAGCGACUCCAUGGACCCAAAGAGGCUGGCAGAGUCGUCGGUUGACCUGAACCUCAAACUGAUGCGGUGGCGGCUGGUGCCCUCAUUGGACCUGGAGGCCGUGUCCACUGCCCGCUGCCUGCUGCUGGGAGCGGGAACCCUGGGCUGCAACGUGGCCAGGACCCUGCUGGGAUGGGGCGUGCGUCACAUCACCUUCGUGGAUAACGCCCGGGUGUCGUACUCCAACCCAGUGCGGCAGACGCUCUACGAGUUUGAGGACUGCCUCGGUGGCGGGAAGCCCAAGGCGCAGGCUGCGGCCGAGCGACUGCGCCGAAUCUUCCCAGGCGUCGUCUCGGAGGGUCUCUCGCUGAGCAUCCCCAUGCCUGGCCACGCGGUGGGCUCGUCGCCGGAGGCUGAGGAGCAGGCGCGCAGGGACACGGCGGUGCUGGAGAGGCUCGUGAGCGAGCACGACAUUGUCUUCCUGCUCAUGGACACACGGGAGAGUCGCUGGCUGCCCACUGUGCUGGCCGCGAGCAAGCACAAGCUGGUGAUCAACGCUGCCCUUGGCUUCGACACGUUCGUGGUGAUGAGGCACGGCCUGAAGGCAGCUAGGGAGGACCCAGGAGACACACUCGGGAGUCUCGGCGCCGCCGCCGCCGCCGCCACCACCUCAUCGCUCUUCUCGGACAUCCCUGGCCACCGGCUCGGCUGCUACUUCUGUAACGACGUGGUGGCGCCUGGAGACUCAACGAGAGACCGCACCCUGGACCAGCAGUGCACGGUGAGCCGGCCGGGCCUGGCCAUGAUGGCUGGAGCUCUCGCUGUGGAGCUCAUGGUGUCCGUGCUGCAGCAUCCAGAGAGGGGCUACGCCUCGGCCAGUGUGGGCGAUGACCGCAUGAACGAGCCCCCGACGCCGCUGGGUUUGAUACCACACCAGAUUCGUGGUUUUCUAUCCAGAUUUGACCACGUGCUCCCUGCCAGCCUGGCCUUUGAUAAAUGCACUGCCUGUUCAGCUACAGUGCUGGAGCACUACGAGCGGGAGGGGUUUGCGUUCCUCCGCCAGGUCUUCGAUUCGUCGCACUCCUUCCUUGAGGACCUCACCGGCCUCACGCAGCUGCACCAGGAGACGCAAGCGGCCGAGAUCUGGGACAUCAGCGACGAUGAGAGCAUCUAGGAGGGCAGCGCUGCAAAGGCUCCGGCUUUACGCCACGAAAACCAUUGGCGCCAACAGCGACCGGAGGUGCCGCACUCUUUACGAGAUGACGGACGGGGAGCGGUUACGGGAACCGGGGGAGCCUCCUCGGCCUCCCCCCAUGGAGGCGGACGACGACGGGGAAGAGGCGGACGAGGACAGGGACGAGGAGGAGGACGAGGACUGGGCGGUCGGGUGCGGAGCGGCGUCGCCCUCCGCCGCUUUGAUGCGCAGCCACGUGUCGCCCAGCGCCUUGGCGAAGUGCUCGUCGACGGAGCCGGUGACCGACACGCAGGACGACGGGCUGACCGCCGCCGGCUCGGCCUCGCGGGCGGCCGGCCCCGGGCCCCCGUGCCGGCCCAGGCUCCGCCGGAAGUGUUCCUCCACUACCGGGUCGUACGGCGCCGACGCUGGGGGGGGGGGGGGGGAAGAUCGUUGAGAUAACGAUCCCUCGUCGAUCGCGCGGCGUGUCACAUCUCUCCCGUCUGUUUGAGUCUCCUGUCGUCGGUGGGACGUGAGUUACUCGAACGGUAACCAAAUAAGUAAGUCAGAUUAAAUCAAGGACAGAGGAAAUAUUAAAAAUCGAAUAAUUCGUGAAGGAAUUAAGUAUUUGACUUCGGUCGAUGAUGAAUAAGAUAUCACGGUUGGAUUUGGAGGUGGCAAUUUAAAAAACUAAGAAUUCAAAAUAAUGAAAAGCAGAGGUCUGAUUUAAAACAAUAUAAAUUCCAAUCUCCCUUUGGAGAUUUCAUCGUAAAUAGCAGUGGAUAAUUGUUUCGUAAUUUACCUUAAUUUAAAAUGGGAUGACAAACAGCUGGAAUAGAACAUUUUGUGAUAUAUAUAUAAAACUGUAUUGUUCUGCGGGACAUGGUGAUUUUGUAAUACUACACAAAUAGGAAAAUGUCGGUAUUGAACAUGCAAUUAACAGUAGCACGAGUGAUGGUCAUUCUACCCCUGGUUAUAUUUACGUGGAAAUAAUGAAACUGAGUCGUAAAACGGUAAAAUAUCACAACUUAUGAAAAUAAAAAAAGCAAAACUGUUACUAAAGAAAACACGGAAGAAAACUACUAAUGCCGCUUACAACAUGGCAAUGUUCCUAAUUACCCUUUUCACAAGUGCACGGGCCCUAUUUUUACACGCUCCUGUCGCUGCCUCCCUAAAGGACACUGUAAAAAAAAAAAGAUAUAUAUACUGCCACGCAGCGAGUGCUUAUUUUACUUAUUCAGUCCCGGGUGGCCACGGGGCUGCAUAGCACAUUCUCCCAAGGGCUCGCUUUGUGUGGCGAUGAGCAGCGAGAUAAAUAAUACGGGACGACCUCUUGGCAGACGGCAAAACCAGUCACACUUCCACGAUAUCGGACGUAAAUUUAUUUUUGCCCGGUCCUUUCCGGGCCAAGCCAUGGGUGGAAUAGUCAACGACUCCAGUCCAAAGUGCCACAAGUCAACCCCUUUUCCUUUUCAUGACGAUGAUUAUUUUGACAUGUGUAUUAAAGCCCUGCUGACGUCUCCCAUUCUGAUUGCGCGAUACGGCUAGUUUCCACGAUUUCAGAUGUACUUUUCAGACCCUUUAAGAGGUGUGAUUAAAUAUGAGCAUUAAGUGGCUGCAUAGUAUGUCAACCAAUUGGCAAUCUAAUUCAGAUACAAAUCAAGUGUCCACCUUUCUUAAUACAGGAGAAUGCUCAUCAACUACUGCGGUGUUCAGACGUACUCAGACGAACACGUAGGCUUUCGCGACCAAUGUCAUCCAUAAUAUAGGUUUUUUUGGGCUAGAUCGCGUAAAUAUACAUGUGUUGCUAGUUAUAAUUACUGGCGAAAUGUUGUACUCAGAUUCUAAAUGUCGUGGAUUUACCCUCCAGCACAUCGAUGUGCUGUAUGAGUAACGAAUUGCCAUGUUCUGUUUACGUGACAAACCUUAUUAAUUGGCUGUGUCGGGUGGUGGCGGGUGUAACGACACAUUGAUAUUUACGCGAUCUAACCCAAAAAACCUCUAUUAUGUAUUCAGACGAACUGACUUUUUUAUCUAUGCCGGAACAAUCAUGGUGCGUUCCAUUUUGCGCAUUUCUCGCGCUGUUGAUUUGUGCCAUGAAUAAUAUAAUCUAAAAUUCCUAAAACGAAAAACUGAUCGGAUCACCUAAAGUGCACCCAAUCUCAGAUCUCAGAAGCUGAGGUGGUUUGAGCCUGGAAAGUGCUUGGAUGGGUGACUGUCGUGCAUACACAGGAUGCAAUAAGGUGGGUAGUAGAGGGAAGGGCAUCAACAUGAUAUUGUACUGUCAUUCUGUGCUCCCAUGUCUAUGCCUUCACCAACCUGCCCUAGCCAGUGUGGCAUGGUGAAGUAACCUCCAUGGCCCACAGAGGGGUGGGGAAGCCCUCAUCCAGCAGUGGAUUGAAAAAAAAAAUCAGUACGUGUGCAGAGAUAUUUACCUGCACAAUGACAGCCCACAUGUAUUAUUAGCAACAACUAAACACAUCGAUCAAUAACACUGCCUUAAAAGGAAAAAAAAAACUAUACAGGCGACGGAGUCAGGUAAUAGCCAAGAGGGCAAAAGCCGUUCACGUCCUAUGAUUAAUGGCUAUUGCCCAUUAUAUAUUUUCUUCCCUUUAAAGCAGUGCUAUUGACAAUUACAACUGUGUUGAGUUUUUGUUGUUUGCGCUCGUGCACCACCACUGCGUGCGCGCCAACACCAAUACCUGGACGCAUCAUAACGAUGGGUAUGGCUUUUUUUUCCGCCGCUCGUUCCCCCCUACUCACAGCCGGGCUCUUUGCCGAAGUCGCCGGUGGGCUUGAGCGGCGGGCUGCUCUUGGGCUGGCUCCGCACCGAGUUGCGAGAUGGCGGCGCGCAGGUGAUCACUGAAGGUCGCAUCUGAGGGCGGACGAGAGAGAGAGAGAGAGAGAGGAGCAUAUCCCUGGUGGCGCCGGCGGCCGUGGCAAACACUUUCCACGGGGCCCUUACCUCAUGGCGCGGCAAUCUCACAGCUGUUACGCGCCCGGUGUUUUUCUGCGCGUGUUUACACGUAGCUAUCUAUAUUCUCCCGUCCGGGGUGGAGCGAUGGCGCGGAGGUUGGCCCACUUAGCUGCAAACAGUGGCGGACGCAAUUAAUUGUAGGGGCGAUGGGGGAGAUCUACCCUCCCCACCACCACCUCGUUGCGCGGAAAAUGUACGUUUUAUUAAAGUUGUGUAAACUCACAUGCAGGGAGUGAA